AUGCCGCCGCCCCACCCCUCCACCCUCUUCCUCCUCCCCCUCCUCCUCCUCGCCGUCCACCUCCCGCCCGCCGCGGCCGCCGCCGCCGACAGCCGCCACGCGUCCACCGCCGCCACCUCCUCCUACCGCCGCAUCUCGUGGGCGAGCAACCUCACGCUCCUGGGCUCCGCCUCGAUCCUCCCGGGCGCGUUCGCCGUCGCGCUCACCACCAACUCCAGCGACGGCAUCGGCGCCGGCCGCGCCCUCUUCUCGGAGCCCGUGCGCUUCCUCCUCCCGCGCCCCGACCCGGGCGCCGCCCCGGCGCAGGCCUCCUUCUCCACCCGCUUCACCUUCCGCAUCACCCCGUCGCCCUCCUACGGCGACGGGAUCGCGUUCGUCCUCACCUCCUCGCGCACCUUCCUCGGGGCCUCCAACGGGUUCCUCGGCCUCUUCCCCUCCGCCUCCGCCUCCGACGACGACGGUGAGCCCGCCGACGUGCACACCGUCGCCGUCGAGCUCGACACGCACCGCGACGUGGCGCUGCGCGACCCCGAUGGCAACCACGUCGCGCUCGACGCGGGCUCCAUCUUCUCCGUCGCGUCCGCGAGCCCGGGCGUCGACCUCAAGGCCGGCGUGCCCAUCACCGCCUGGAUCGAGUACCGCGCGCCGCGCCGCCGCCUCCGCGCUUGGCUCUCCUACUCGUCGUCCCGCAAACCCGACAAGGCCGCGCUCUCCGUCGACGUCGACCUCUCCGGUCUCCUCCUCACGUACAUGUACGCCGGCUUCUCGGCGUCCAAUGGCGAAGGGGCCGCGCUUCACGUCGUCGAGAGCUGGGCCUUUCGCACCUUCGGCUUCCCCAACACCUCGCACGCCUCGGCUUCCCCAAUUCCUUCGCCACCGCCCAAGGACCAGGCGUCGCUCAAGAGCCCACUGCCGCUUCCAAAAGAUCACCACCACCACCAUAACCUAUUCUACACGGUGCUGGGCGGAGCUCUCGGUGGUGUGGUCUUGCUGGUUCUUGUGGUCAUCAGCUCUAUUCUAUUGAUUCGCCAUUCAAAGCGCCGCACAAGUGAAAAACCUGCUGUGCUGUUCGACGACAAGAACUUCCGUGGGAUGCUGUCCAUGGAGGUGGUACGCGCAGCAACAAAGGACUUCGGCAGUGAAAAUGUGAUCGGCAUUGGUGGCUCUGGCGCGGUUGUGUUUGAGGGGGUUCUCCCUUCUGGGUCAAGGGUUGCUGUCAAACGGUUCCAAGCUAUGUGGCCGUGCUCAAAGGCGUUUCUGAGUGAGCUUCGUGCCAUGCUUGAUUGCCCACACCACCCCAAUCUUGUGCCACUCUUGGGAUGGGGCUCCAGUGAGCAUGACCUGGUUCUUGUUUACGAGUUCAUGCCCAAUGGUAAUCUUGACAGUGCACUGCACACAAAGGGUGGAGCAAUACUUCCUUGGGAGGCACGGUUUGGGGCGGUGCUUGGUGUUGCAUCAGCACUUACAUUUCUGCAUGAUGAAUGUGAGCACCGCAUUCUUCAUCGUGAUGUCAAGUCAUCAAAUGUGCUGCUCGAUGCAGACUUCAAUGCUCGGUUAGGAGAUUUUGGUCUUGCUCGCGUGGUGAGCCAUGGCGGGGUGCCUUUGGCAACACAGCCAGCAGGCACACUGGGAUACCUCGCACCAGAGUAUGUGCAUUCAGGUGUGGCAUCAGAGCGCUCGGAUGUUUACAGCUUCGGGGUGCUUGCUUUGGAGGUGGCCACUGGCCGGAGACCAACGGAGAAGGGAACCGCAGUUGUUGACUGGGUGUGGAGUCUCUGGGGUCGUCGGAGGCUGGCUGAUGCAGCAGACCAGCAGCUUCAGGGACGUUUUGUCGCAGAGGAGAUGCGGCGGGUGCUGCUUGUGGGCCUCUGCUGUGUGCAUCCGGACUGUAGGAAGCGGCCUGGUAUGCGAAGGGUGGUCAGGAUGCUUGAUGGUAGUGCACCCAUGACACUAGUGCCAGAUAAGAAGCCACCAGUUGUACUGAAGUCACCACUAAAUCAAACAUCGUCAGUGAACACCAUGGAUACUAUGAAUACUGCAUUUUACAGCUGUCGCUAGACAUAUAUACAAGGUACCAUGCUUAAACAAGUCUGUCACACGUGAACCCAUGUCGCCAUUGCUACACCAUGUGAUGAGACAUCAAGACGAUCCAUUGUUGUCGCCUCAAAGCUUCAAAGGUGGGACGUGACCUGUACAAGGUGAACCGGACAGUUCCUGGUGGUGCCGGACAUUCUCUCCGUUUGGACUUAAGAAAGGUGACUCGUGCAGCGGCGGCCGCGGCGCCGUGUCUUUGGACCGCUGUCUAGUGGCCUGGAAUGGCGGCGGUGCAACGGAUCAAGCCCGCCAUGGCAACUGCGAGCUUUCAAUGUGUACGGAAUCUCCUCCUCUCAACUCAUAGCUUCACAUACUGUAGCUGCAUUUUGUCCAUGUAUGUAGUACAUGCUAUAGCUGUAAAUUUCGCUCAUACUGUAUUUGUCAAGCGCCAGAAAGGGCUUUACCAGCCGAGCAAGAAGAUCGCAUGUGCUUGUCUUUGACCUGCACCUGUGUUGGGAACAGAUGGAUCUAGAACGGUCAAUCCUGAAAUAGUUUGCCCUCCCUGUAGACUGCAGCGAUGUGUUGGUGAGUAGGGCCAUAGAAUGGAGUGCGGGCUUUUGGUGGCCGCGCUACAGGCAGGCCGGUAUCCUGUGCGUCUGCUUGGGCCUGGGGAUUCGAAACCCGUCAAUUCGUGGUAGUGCUGUGGCAGGCCUAGUGAAGAGAAUACGGUCCGUGAUACGCCUAUCUGCCGCACAGGCGUAUUCUGUUCCACCCAUUUCUUUUACCUGUUCGCACGCCUAGAAAAGACGACGUGUCCUACACCAGAAAGGCUGGCCCAUGUCCGUGACCUUAUCCCUAACUCGUGAACAAGCCGUCGCCGCACACCUGCUCUGCCCCUCCGUCUCUCUCUCUCUCUCUCUCUCUCAAAUCCGACGGCGGCACUGGUUUCUCUCCGGCGAGCAUCUCCCUGGCCCCUUGGCCCUACCCACGUACCCGGUGGUCGUGGGCAAUUCGUCUCCACACGCCGGCUCUACCGUUGGGUCUCUUUUCCCCCAACCUUGACGGCGCCAGGGUUUGUUCUCCGGCGAGAUGUGCUCCUUUGGUGUUGAGGUGCCACGGGAUCCAUGUUUGGGACGUCAGAGCCGAUUCCUGAUGUAUUCCCCGUGGAGUCGCGGGAUUUCAUGAGCAUCGCCGAUACCCAGCUGGGCCGCGGCAGCGAGGGCACACAUCUGUGCGGGGACGCCUGCUUAGGUUUGCUCAGAAGCCACCAGCGGCUGGACCAUUAGCGGCUGUCCCCCGUGGAUGAGUUUGCCGAAGCGCGGCAAGGUGGACCAUACAUGUAAUGAAGGGCCCCAAAUCUUCCAGUCGGAUGGAGUCAGGGGCUUCUCUUAGUAUCAUCGAAGCUGAAAUUUGGAACGCUGCUGAGCUUGGAAGCGGUGGGCAAAGUGGUGGAUUCCCCCCUGAAGCCGGUGUGUUCCAAGUUUGCGCUGAAGCUACUAGUGGAUGGACCAUGUAUUUUUGUCAAAUUCUUAACGAUGUCUCUGUAGUUCUUUGUGAUUUACUACAACAAUGGCUCCUAUACUAUUUAGUCGCUGAAAAUUCCAUUGUUAUCAAGAGCUUCCUUUUAUUCUUAGUAAUUCAUACGGCACAGUUCUGUCUAUUGAAGCUGUCCUAUUGACAACUGUUGCUGUUUCAUAUGAUACUCUCUUGACAGCAGGAACCUGAUUCAUCACGAAUGAUGCAAUAAUUGAAGAUAUGAAGAAGGCUUACAUGGACGCGCAAGAGAUCGAGGAGUAGAACAAAUAAGCUUUAUGCAAUGGAUAAUUUGCAAGGCAAGGUUCUCCAUGCCUGUAUGUACGUUGCUGCUUUUGGAAUUUGGCAGUUGCUUACUGGUAAGGUUUCAUGAUUGAUGCUGAAUUCCUAGAUGCAUUUUGUAAACAUUUGGAUUUGUCCAGGGGCAUGCCUGUAUGUACUAGAUGUUUACUUGUUUUCACUUAUCUGCAGAAGUGGUAUGUUUCCUGUGAGAUUAAAUUAACUAGGUCCUAAUUAUGUAUUAUGUGAAAUGGUAUAUAUUAAUGGAUGUGUAUUUUCUGGUUA